GCCUCUGUAUACUCUACAUACCUCUCCUUCUUAAUUGGAAUAUUGCUGGCUCCUGUGCAACAAUUAGAGAUCAUUUCUGCGUAUUCUGCUAGUUUUUGUUCCUGGAGAAGUAUCGGAAGUUUCCUAAUCUGGUCUCUACUUCCAAUUCUGCUCAACGCUGAAUAUUAUGUCGGAAAGUUUAUGGUGGAUAUUCCCUUCUCUGAUACUAUCUCUGAUGCUAUCCUUGUAUUUUCUAAAUCUGUUUAUCUCCUGGCCUUGCCGUCGCUACUGGUUUACCUCCUUCUAAAGGUUGGAAUGCUGACAACGUCUGUUUCCUCCCUAACUAAUCGAGUAGAAAUGGGAUUACUGUUUACUGCAGGAGUUGGAAUGAAUGUAAUCCAUAUUGUUCGAUGCUUCACUGACUACAAGAAUGACAUCAUCUUAGUUCCGAUCGCGGUUGCGAAUGUAAUCUAUGAAUUUAUAUUGAUAAACUCAGUGGUGAUAAUAAACAUCAUAUGUCGAGAUUUCAUGAAUUCUUGUAUCCUGGAAACUAAAUCUAUGGAAACCAUGUACACCUCAACUCAGAGAUUAGUUGUUAGAUAUGGAAUUCUGAAGGAAGGAUUGAGCCCAAUUUUCUUCCUUCACUACACCUUGUCAACCUUCAUCAUAGUUACUGAAGCUCAUGAUGUUUAUCAUCUCCUAGAUAAGAAGGAGUAUAUACAGGGUUUCAUCUGUCUCGGGCAUGGUAUAAUUGCUCUUCUUAUCAUCUACAUCAUCUCAAGCAUCUCAGAUAAUUGUCAUUCCGUUUUUAAAAAGCUCAAUGAUCAUAGCAGAAGUAGUGUUCUGAAUCUUUCGACGGAUGACAAACUUCUGCUUAUUCUUGGAAUGAAAGGUGUAGAUGAUGAAGGCAAAGCUACAGCACUCAACUUCUUCAAAGCGGAGAUGUCAAUGGUUCCCAGUGUUCUUGGAACAGCAGCUGCUUACUUAAUCAUCAUGAUUCAGACAACUGUUUAAUUGAGAAUAAUCAACUACAGGCACAAUCAUGACUCUUAAUCUUGGUAUCUGAACCAAAGUAUUAUAAAAUGAGACCCAUUAUACUGUAGAAUGUCGACUGUUUGACCGAACCAGAAUUUGUGUAUCUUAAAUCUGAGGCUCAUAUAUUACUCUCCAUUUUAAGCAGACCGAAGGUGUCCAUAUUGGAUAUCCAGAUUAAUAUAUACUCCAUGCACAUCAAGCUCAAUGUUCUGAUCUAUAUUAUGAAUCUAAAUUGACCAAUGAACAUAAAACAUUAAUUCAAAAAUACGAAGACCCCAUUUCUUAAAACAUUUAUUUAAAGCUAAAGGCAGCUACCUUUCAGAUUUAUAACAGCACGAGAUAAACAUAAGAGUGCUAAAAAUGUCGUUUGACUGUUCCAGAGUUUUUGGAGCGUACUAUACAUACUUUCUGAGCCCGCGAUUUAAAAAAAUUGGAAAAAUACGGCUCAGGUCUAAGCUGUCUUUGGGCCUUAUUUACGGCUUAAG